CCCAUCGGCACGAUCAGCGUAAGUUUGCAGCUUCCCUUGUUAUAUCGCCUUUCGCAUAUCAAGAGACGGGACGGAGGGUCUUGUCUGCAAACCUUAGAUACAAUGGGCAGAGGCGGAGCGAUCUACCUCAGCUACUCAGCACUGGUCCUGCUAUCUACCGCUUCUGGUACUCUCGCGAGAGACGGCGUCAACAGCGGUGUCGGCUUUGGUGGCGCAACCGCUACCUGUCCCUUCUGCAACCUCUGGCCUAUCUGGAUCGACAACGGGCCCCCUCCUUCACCGGAGAACGGACCGCCGCUGUCUGCGAACGCUAUCAGGAAUAAGGCAAUCCUACCGUAUGAGGUCAUCGCGAUUGUCUGCAGUUACGUUCUCACUGUUCUCAUUCUCGGGACGCUACUGCUCACGGUAGGACGAAGAUUGCGAAAGCGCGCGCAAACCAUGGCGGAGAGGCCGCAGGAGCUGGUCAAGCCAAUGAGGAAGCAGUUCGAUCCGUCUCCCAUCAGCCCGCGCAGCAUGAAGAGCUGGUACAGUCUCCGCAGGAAGAGGAGCGGCAGCAUCCGGUCUGGCGCCAGCCAGCUGAACAGUCCUGGUAUGGAUAGCGUGGUCAGCUUUGACACGAGUGUUGUGGAAGCGGACAAGCGGAAGCAGCAGGAACAGAUGGAGAUGCUGUAUGCGGCAGUCAUGGCGGAGGAUGACCGCAAGACGAAGAGUCAGACGACACUUGCUAUGGCGCCGCCGGAGUAUCAGCGAAAGCUUCCAAGCAUCAUCACCGAUGCGCCGCAUAUGCGUCAUAUGCACACGUCACAAAUGAGUCCGCGCAGUCCAGUCUCGAUGAAAUCACCAGUGCGCGCCAUAUAUCCGCCGAAUCUACCCAUGUCAAGUGGGCCGCUGUCGCCCACGCGCCCUGGUAGGGAGUCUGGCGACCUGCGCGCCAACCGUAGCACUCGCGCUUCGUCUUUAGGCAGCAGAUCAGCGGCGGACCCAGCUCCGGAGGCUACCGGCGGCAAGAAGCUCCGCAAAGGCCUGCGCAAUCUCAAAAUUAGCGCGCCGCUCCACGCGGACGAUAACAGCGACGGCGCUCGCACUCCGCUGUCACCGCGCUAUUACACUGACCCUGGCGUUCCGCCCGAGCCGCCGACUGCGCGGACGAUUGACACAACGCGAACGGGCCAGUCGGACUACUACCCACCGAAUACACCAGGCACUGCACGCACAGACGCCAGCUGGCGAUACCCGGACGAAGACGACCGCGGAGACGACACCGAGCCAGCAGAAGAGGAACAACAAGAAGAGGAGGUGUUAGACCAAGUGCGCGACCUCCCCCAACCACACCCCAACCGCCUCAAUACGCACAACUACUCCAACCAAGCCCAAGCCCUCACAGACGCCGCCUCCAUGCGUCCAGACCCCACAGGCACGACACCACAGAAUAAACGCGGUGCAGCAUCCGCCAGCGACCCUUCCCGCCCGCUCCCCUUCCGCGCCCUAAACCUACUCCAAGAACAACAACGCGCCGCCGCCGCUGCGGCGUACCCACUCUCACCUAUGUCGUGGCAACAUCAACACGCGCCCGGGCAACUCCAGGUCCCCAUGUCGGCCGGACCAGGUCAGACACAAUUCGUGUCUCCCCGUCGGGAUCGUUUCGCACCAGGGAUAAGAACGGGUAUGGCGACGCCGUAUAGUCCCUAUAUGCCGUACACGCCCGUGACGCCGAUUACGCCGCACUUGACCACGCGGGUGGAGAGGCGGCAGCGGGAGCGGGAGGAGCGGCGGGGAAGGGGCGCGAUUACGGAGGAGGAGGCUGUCGUUGAUGAGGGGGAGUUGUGGAGUUCGGGGUACUGAGAACUCUCGUUAUGUAACCUUGUAUGUGUCUGUUCCCA